AUGGAUAUUGUUGAGAAAGUCCAGAAGUGCCUUGCGAAGUGGUAUGACGGAGGAUCCUCCCAAUGUCGUCAGAUCGUAGCUGUCCCGCAUUCAAAUCCGUCCGACCCGGAUUACAGUGAUAUUCUAUCAACUGUCUAUCAUGCCCUGAUUACAUCCACACUAGUAAACUGGAUGCCAAGCAGUGGACUCAGCGUCGACAAAUUCAUUCCCUUCGUACAGUCAGUCUUGGAGAGCCUUCCGUCAACAUCAAUGGGCAACACCAAGUCCUCCAACGUUGUAAUCUUUGGCCAACUGCUUGUGGACGUCAUUUGGUCAAUCGACACGGAGCUGGAGGAGAUUCUGUUGGAUGCCAAGGCGAUUUUAACUCCUGCCCAGCAGGAUCCCAGCAAUGCAGAGUUGGAUAAAGACGCGAUUACCAAAGCACUGCGGUCGAGGCAGAUUGCGGAAUCAGACAGGGAAACAUUGGCGAGCACAGUUAGGCAUUUGCUUUCUAUCGGUGUCCUAGAUGCGGAUGCCUGCAGAGAGAGGUUGGACGUGAAGCUUAUAGCAAUUGCGGGCCUGAUACCAGACAAGGCUGCUUUCGACAAGAAGGAGAUUCGUACGAGGACCGGUCUAUUCUAUAAGCAGAAUAAAUUCAAUCUGCUGCGAGAACAAUCGGAGGGGUACAGCAAACUUGUUACGGAGAUCACGGGCUGUCUAGGCCCCUCGCACUCAUCUGUUACAGGAUAUCCGACGGAGUCUCAAGCUGCCAUUGAAGCGCGUGCACGACCAGCAUGGGAACGGGUUUUAGGGCUCAUUGGGUACUUCGACCUUGACCCCAAUCGUGCAUUAGAUGUCAUUCUUGAUGUGUUCUCAACACAUCUGGCAACACAUCACAGUUUCUUCCUGGCUUUCCUGUCCGCUUCUCCAUGGUCUCAUAGAACUCAGCAGGAGCAGGAGCCCAUGGACAAGGAUGAAAUGGCCGUCGAGCCAGACCCAGCACGUUUUCGGGGAAAAUCCUUGGACGAAGUGCUUGUGAUGGCAGAGCGGAUGUCCAACGCACCUGUUGUGGAUGCAUUGUCAUCUUUGAGCAGUGAAGGAUCAGAUUCUCGAGUCCUGGCGCAAGUGUUGGGGUUCAAGUUUAGCCAUUAUCAGCGUCCUGAAGUGGCCGAGUCGACACCGCACAGUUUGUAUCUGAUGGCGGCCAUAUUAAUUAGAGAGGGUUACAUAACCCUGGAAGAGCUCUAUCCACAUAUCACUCCGACGGAUGAUGAUAUGCCUGCUGUACAUAAGGCAUAUCUGGACGAGGUUACAGAGCGCAUCUCUGCCGCAAAAGUCAGUCAGCUCGCAAUGGCUGCACCUCUCGAGUCUUCCGGGACUGUUCCGAAGAAGUCCGCUCCUACAAAAGAAUCGAGCAAACUACCUGAACUGCAGCAAACGCCGAAUCAAAAGCUCGGUCUGCUGAACGGUCUACUCGCGGUUGGCGCGCUCCGGCCCGCCGUCGCGAUUCUGUCGAAAUUCCCUUGGAUAGUCGAUGUCUUCCCUCAGGUUGCGGACUUGCUGAUUCUGGUGCUGAAGCAUUCGAUAUCGCCGUUGUACGAAUCCACGACGACUGUGAAGGAGGAUCGACCGAGUUUCAUGAUACCUCGUCAACGAUAUGGUCCCACUGGAGCGGCACGCUCACCUGAGCGUCAUCCUCAGCUCACUUUGUGGGCCCCGACACCCCCUAGCACCAGCUCUGUCGACUUCGUCUUCUUCUAUCCGGAGUGGAUAGAGCGCGUUCCACUAUGCUCCACAGUGGACGAUCUCAUCGACGUUGUUGAACCUCUCAUGCGAUUUGUGGGAUUGCAUAUUUCGCGUGACCCUAUGUAUCUAACGAAGUUCCUUCGUUGUGGAAGAGUUCACUUGACACAAGCAGUACCCCAUGAUUCCGAGACGAAGAACCCAGAUCCUGAUCAUCCCGCGCGACAGUUUUGGUUCAAAGUUCUACGUCGGUAUCUGCUACCAGCGUUGACUCUCAUACGAGGUAAUGCUGUUUGCACUGUGGAGGUUUGGGGUAUUCUUCGCCAGUUCGAAAACACCAUCCGUUGGCAGUUGUACGGGGAGUGGAAAGCGAGUAUGUACCAAUCCCACCCCGAGUUGCGUGUUCGGCGAGUACAAGCCGACCGGGAAUCAAAGGGCCUUCUGCGACGCCUCUCCCUGAACACAGUGGACUCAUUAUCUGGAUCGGUUGCGAAGCUUGCUCACUCAGACCCGUGUAUUCUGUUUAUAAACGCGGUGAACCAGAUCAUGGCAUAUGACAACCUGGCUGCUGUCGUGAUUCAAGCGCUGAACUUCGUGACUAUCAUGGGCUUUGACGUCCUCGUGUUCAUCGUACUCGAUGCUAUGGCGAACCCGAACAAGGAGCGGGUCAAGGAUGACGGUGUGAACACGUCAGAUUGGCUGCAAAAUCUUGCUGCCUUUACUGGGAUGAUGUUCCGACGCUAUGGUGCCGACCUUACCCCUUUGCUCAAAUAUAUUGUCCAUCAGCUCCACAAUGGGCAGAGCACGGAGAUCAUCGUGUUACGAGAACUUAUCUGGAAGAUGGCCGGCAUUGAGCCACUACCUAGCCUGUCCGAUGCACAGAUCGCGGCCAUGGCUGGAGGUCCCACUCUUCGCAUAGAAGCGGUGGCGUCCAGCUCUCGCGGUAUACGUCUAGAUGCCGGAGAUGCUGGAUUAAAAGGACCCGACCGGCUUGGCAAGGCGUUGACGGUGUACUCCUCGCUCGCACGACCAUUACUCAUACAGGUCGCACAACAACGGCAAGCGUGCGUAUACAAGGCGCAAACUGCCCAUCUUAAGUCUCUUGCGAGUCUUUUUGAUACGACGCACGGUGUGCUGCUGCAAUAUCUUGAUUUCCUUACAACGCCUUCCAUCGUGACACCGAACGAGAUUACCAUGAAGGUGUACGCGGAAGACGUCGUACCACCGCUGGUUGACUUGAACGAGAAGUACGGGAUCUGCGCUCCGAUUUGUAUGCAGAUCAUUCGACCCAUCUUGAAUGAUCGAAUUCUGUCAGCUGUCACCAAAAUGAAGGAGGCCGAAGAGGAAAAGGAAAGGUUGGCUAGCGAGGAAGCAGAGAAGCGAUUGAAAGCUGCUUUGACCGCCAAGCGUGACCCAGUGUCGACAUCACGGGUUGCAUCACCCAGUAUAGGCGAAGUCUCUACAAACGGUGAACCUACCUCGGAUGCGAAGGCUUCAGCGCAAGAAUCAUCCGUCGUAGACGUAACUAUGGAUUCACCCGAAAGCGGUAGCAAAACGCCAAAUCCGUCACCUGAGCACCCUUGGCUGACAGAAUUGUAUUCACUUUUCGACGACGUGAAACGGGUAGCGCCCGGUAAUGCUGCAGAAGUCAUAGGCCCUGCAUUCUACCUCUCUUUCUGGCAGUUGUCAAUGUACGACCUCGCGCCUCCUCGUGCAAGAUACGACGAGGAAUAUGCGAACGUAAGGGCUCUGCAGCGCCAACACGAGCGAUCGGGGGACAGAGCAAGACUGCGGACCGUCGCAAUCGUCACAAAGAAUAACAAGAAAGAAGAGAAGAACGUUUUUGAGGUCACCGCGGAAGCAUUAACGAAGGAGUUGAGCAAUCAAAUCGCGGUGCGAGAGUUCACCGUCAAACGCCUUGCCCGUGAAAAACAGCAUUGGUUUGCUCACAAUCCCAAAGCUGCUGUUUUAGCAUCAUCUUUCAUAGAACAUUGCUUACAACCCCGCUCUCUCUUGUCCCCAAUGGAUGCGGACUUCUGCGCGAGGUUCAUCAAGGCAAUGCAUCUACAGGGAACGCCCGGUUUCUCAACCUUAAUGUGCUAUGAUAAGAUCCUCGGUGAUCAUAUCAAAGUAGUUGUCUUCUCGUGCAGCGAAUACGAGGCACGGAAUUACGGUCGUUUUCUGCUUGGUAUUCUUACAGAUAUCUGGCAAUGGUUCCAAGACGAGAAAACGUUUCUCAACCAGAAUCGUACGAAAGACGGUCAAUACCUCCCAGGCCUGCAGCUGCGCUGGUCGCAGAAAAGUGUGAUUGCUGCCGAAGACCUCAUUACUUGGCAAGACUUCAAGACGAUCGUGCGUAAGUGGCAUCGAAAGCUCUGCAAGUGCCUAUUGGAUUGCAUCGAGACCGGGGAGUUCAUGCACGUCUACAACGCUAUCAUCGUGUUAAAGGAGAUUCUUCCGGUCUUCCCUGUUGCUGCAGUUUAUGAGUGGGCAGGCGGAAACCUUCACAUGGCCAUGGAACGAUUCCUGGACAAGGAGACUCGUGGGGAUCUGAAGAUCUUGGGCAGAGCGUAUACAGCAAGCUUGAAGAAGAGGGAGCAUAUAUGGAUUGCAACGAAGCCUCAGACUAAGGUAUGUUCACGUGCAUGCGCUAUGAAUUUAUCCUUAUCGUCUUUUCAGCCUGCCCCGUCUGCUGCGGGAACGAAAGCGCCUGUUAACGGUUCUGAACAUGCGCAUGCAGCCUCUCCUCCACCGGCUUCUAGUCUUACUACUUCUCCAAGGGAAGCGCGCUCGAAGCAGGCUCUCAUACCUACAUAUGACAGCAUUCCGAGGCCGGAAGUCGUCAAGAGGAUAAGAACUGAGCAAAGAAUCUCUGACAACGUUCAAAAUGAGCAAGUCCCCAGGAAUGCCGUGCGAUCAGAUGCUAUGAACGUCGAUAUCGGCGCGACUCAUCCUCCGAGUGAGGCAGUCCAGGGUUCUGUCUCUCAUCAAGGUGCAUCGGCGCCUGCGCAACCGCCGAGACCAACGGCGCCCUCUCCGGAUAUCAAUGGCCGACCUAACAUCGCAAAGGAGAUUCCUCAAUCACCGAGACUAAACGGAACGGAUGAACAGAAAGCUGGUCGGACAGAGUCGUCACAAAUCAUGCCGCCUCCUACCAUUCCGAGCCAAACCGUCUCAGCUCAGGAGCUCAGAGAAACUGCCAAACAGACCCGUGCGGAGAAGGCCGAAGAACGGGCUGGCCUGUCUAUUGCGCACGCAACCCCUUCUCCGUCUUCUCGCCGACGCUCUCCGUCCCCCUCUAGUCGUCCAGGAACCAGGAAUGCGAGUUCGGACAGUCGCGCAAGCGGUGGUCGUCGUUCUGCGCGUGACCUCGAUGAGAAGCGAGAGCGCGAGGGGCGUCAGGAUGCUCGCGAAAUGUCUCGUCAGGCACACGCACGUGAAGAGCGCGGCUCGAGAGGAGGACGUGAGUCUGAGAAGGAGCUGGAUCGUGAUAGAGAGAGGGGUCGCGAUAGACACGGCGAGAGGGAGAGGAUCCGUGAUAGAGACAGAGAAAGAGAGCGGGAAAGAGACAAGGAUCGUGAGCGCGAGAGGGAAAGAGGUCGGGAGAGGGGUGAGCGUGAGAGGGAUCGUGAACGUGACCGCGAUAGAGACAGGGACAGGGACAGGGAUAGACAUCGCAGGGACGAAAAGGACCGCGAUCGGGACGGCAGAAAGGAGCGCGACAUCGCGAACCGUGGCGCCAUGGCUUCUGCGCCAACUGUGCCCUCCGUAGACGAACGUGGCCUCCCCACAAGGCCUGAUCUAUCAAGACAUCGGGAGAUUCAGCAUGGAGAGGAAGGGUUGGGCAAGAGAAGACGGGCAACCGACGAUGAGGUACCUUAUAGACCACAGCCUGAUCGGCCCUCUAAGCGGGCGUCUCGCAAGGAGAGUCACCAUGAGGAGAGGGGUCGUCGUUCGACGGAGAAGGAUGGCCGUGACAGAGGUCGAGAAUCCGAGCGACGACGGAAGGAGCGUGAGCAGAGUGAAACCGAAGGCAAAGGUCUCUGGGUUGAUACGAAGGUUGGUGACAAGCGUGUCCCUGAAGGACCAGCGUCAGCAAAGUCGUUGCCUCCUACAACACCAUCUGCACCACGAGCCAUGGCUGGCGAAGGCGGAUGGCUCGGCCGAUCUGACUCCACGGCUGCGCGCGACCGAGAUUGGAAGACGGGGAGAGACGCAACGGUGCCUCCGAGUGGACCUGCUGCGGGACUGAGCGGCUCGUCAUCACAGGAAACUGUUCACGGACCUACUGCAAGCUUACGAUCCCGCAUCAGUGACAAGGAGGCCCCUCGUCCUCCUCAGACAGCGUCAGCAUAUCGAGCUGACUCCAUCAGCGGUGAUCACAGACCAGAUACUUCUGCUCGGGAGGACGAACGGGAGGGUAGUCGAAAACGGACUUUGUCAGAACGGGAUAAAGAAGCCGAUGAUACAGCGUUGACAGCCAGUGAACAGGCUGCUCAGCCUCCAAAGCGCCCCCGCAUCAUCCGUAACCGAUAUACUCUCGCCCCUUCUCAUGGCGUGGCGAGGAAGUUGCUGCCGAUCGAUCCACAAGCAAACCAAAGUCGCACGAAUCGCAAUGGCUAA